GUUCCCUCCUCCUGUACUGUGUCUUACUGAGAAAACCUCCUGAAUGAAACUACAAACCCAAGCCAAGAAAACGACAGUCUUCAUGAUCUCUCAUGCAAACCAGCUCUAUCACCCACCACAGUUUAGAGUCUACCACUAUCAGAGUUUAAGCAGGUGUAAUCUUCAUCUUUGGAUUAAAAAAUAAAAAUGAGCGUCAUUGCCAACGAUCAUUCUGACUUAUUCACUUCAUGGGAUGAUACCAAUCUGACACACCAUGACAGCAACAUGUCACAUGUGGAGAUCCAAAUAUGCCUCACGUCCUUCAGUCGCUCUGCCCUGCUGAAGACUGUGUGCACCUUCUACAUCUUCUUCUUUCUGGUGGGUUUGGUUGCUAAUGUUUCGGUGCUUUGGAUCAACCUGCGCUCAGGACAGCGGGAGCGUCAUGAGAUGCACCUGUACAUUCUCAACCUGGCUGUAGCAGAUCUGUGUGUGGUGUCCACGCUUCCCUUAUGGGCGAGCUCCCUGGCACAAGAGGGUCAUUGGCCCUUUGGUCAUGCUGCCUGCAAGUUAACUCAUCUGACCUUCAGUGUUAGCCUGUUCGCUAGCAUCUUCUUCUUGGCCUGCAUGAGCGUGGAUCGCUACCUGACUGUGGCACAAUCCGGUGAGACCUCAGGGCAAUGGAAGACGCCAGCACGGCGGAUAGUCUGUGCUGGAAUGUGGUUGGUUGCUCUGGUUGCUUCAGUGCCCGACACAUACUUCCUCCAGUCUGUGGAGUCUCUGCAUAACAAUGUAACCCUGUGCCAUCCUGUAUACCCACAAAACAACCCAAUGGAGUGGAUGGUGGGCAUAGAAUUGAGCUUUGUAGUCUUGGGUUUUGCUGUGCCAUUCCCAAUCAUCGCUACCUCAUACACUCGACUGGCAAAUGCCUUGACCUCUUCAAACUGCGAUCAAGGUCGCAAUAUCAGCAGGAAGACCAUUGUUACCUAUAUCUUGGUCUUCCUGGUUUGCUGGGUGCCUUAUCAGGCUGUCCUCCUCACCGAUGCCCUGGCCUUGCUUGGAGUGCUAUCACUUAGCUGUAAAGGAGAGAAUGGCAUUUUUGUUGCUCUGAAUCUCACCCAAUGCUUGUCCAUGCUCCACUGCUGCCUGAACCCACUGCUCUACACUUUCUCACAGCGCCGCUACCGCUACGACUUCAUGAAAGCUUUCAUCUUCAAAUACUCUACCCGCACAGGCCUGGCACAGCUCAUGGAGGGAUCUCAAGGUGCCGAGAUUGAAUACACAACUUUGGAGAACCAGUUGCAGCUGUGAUGAAGGAGCUUUUUCAGACUGGACUUUCAGUUUAAACCAGGGUUCAAACCUGAGGUUGAUAUUCCACAAUGACCCAUUUAUUCCCAUAUAUUUCAUAGCUAAGUUAGGAUGGGAAAAAAAUAAGAGAACACUUAAAAAUGAGAUGAGAUGAGUUUCUUUGAUUUUAUCAAAUUGAAAACCUCUGCAAUAAAAUCAAGAGAAAGAUCAAUGAUCAAUGACAUCAAACCAAGCUGAACUGUCUGAUUUUUUGCACCAGGAGUAAAGGCAUAAAGUUUAUCCAAAAGCAGUGUGUAAGACUGGUGGAGGAGAACAUGAUGCCAAGAUGCAUGAAAACUGUGAUUAAAAACCAGGGUUAUUCCACCAAAUAUUGAUUUCUAAACUGUAUUAUGUGCAUUAUUUGAGGUCUGAAAGCUCUGCAUCUUUUUUUUUCAUUUCAGCCAUUUCUCAUUUUCUGCAAAUAAAUGCUCCAAAUUACAAUAUUUUUAUUUUACAUUUGGAACAAAUGGUGUUCAUAGUGGUGUUCAUAAUGAACAAUGUUCAUUUUAUUCAAACAGAUAACUAUAAAUAGCUAAAUCAAAUAAACUGAUUCAGAAACUGAAGUGGUCUCUUAAUUUUUUGCAGAGCUGUAUGUAUGACAACCAAACUGAACCUACUUCAGACAGGCACGUCCUUUCCAGAUGCAUGGUUAUGUAUAGUAUACAGUAAUUAGGGAUAGCAGCUGCACUCUUAAACAUUGUAAUGCUAGAAAGGUCAGUAUUAUUAUU